GUGCAUUCUACCAACAAUAAUCUACUAAUUUUGAAGGCUGAAAUGUUCGGUCGGAUCGGCGCUGACAGCAGAGCUCUUGAGAGCCGGUCAUUAUGAAAGCAGUGAGCGUGUGGGCCGCGGCUGCUGUCCUGUACAGUAUCGCAGUGAGCGGGAUUGUGGGAUUCGCAUUCACAGCAGCACCGACAGAGAAAAAAACAUGGCGGCUGCCGAAUGUGCAGCAAACGAUUUGCGGAAGUGAGGUGCCCACAUACUGCUGCUGAGGAGAGAGCACCACGAUGAGGAGACAGUAGGCACCCACCAUAGUAUGGCCGCGUCCCGCUCUUCGCGCGUCACAAGAUCAUCAGUGGGGAUAAAUGGAUUGGAUGAGAACUUUUGUGGCCGAACCCUCAGGAACCGCAGCAUCGCCCAGCCGGAAGAGAGCUCUCCGCCUCCCGUGCCCAGAGCUCGCUCACCCAAAAAGAAGCAGGACUGUCAGCAGCACCAGCAGACCGGAGCACAGGUUGGAAAGGUAACUGAGAGCAAAGCGGAGGGCGAACCCGUGCCUGCAUGUGGAAAACGUGGCUUGCCGAGCUCCGAGAAGGAAGAUUCGGACAAAUUUGAUAACUGUGAGCGUCAAAGGUCUGGGUGUGGGCCUGAAGCCUCACCUGCCCUGAAGAGGGCCAAACGCUGUCCUCGCUCAGGUGAAUCACAGGGGGCAGAGGAAGAGCCUUCUCUCAAACCCGAGAGCCCCGAUCCUGCUGUAUUGAAGGAAAAUGACGAUGGCGCCAAAUCAAAUAAUACUUCAGCCUCAGACAAAGAGGCUGAUCAGAAAAAGGAUGGCCCAACAGAAGAGAUCGCCCCUCAACCAGAGGUCAGCGAGAACGUCAAAGCAACCAAUGGCCUCGCUGAACUCUAUAGAGAGGACUCAGAAGUUGCGGCCUUACCUGUGGAGCCCUGUGCCUCCCCUGCCACACUCAACAGCAGUCCCUCACUGUUAAAUGGCAGCCAGGCUGCGCCCUCAUCCCCCGACCCUAUUGUGCCUUGUAGAUCCCCUCAUCCCAAGCAAACCAAUGAGCCCGACAGCCCUAAAAUUGACUGUGAGAGGAACUGCACACCUGAGGAAGCCGCUGAGGCUGUGCUGUCUCAGGAACCCGAGAUGGAGGUAGAGGUCGAUGUUGUGGGAGAGGCUGGCCAGGCUCAGGAUGAAUUCGUGAGAGAGGAGAGCACCAAUGGUGACUUUCAGGCUGAACCACAGGACCCUUCUGACAACUGCUCGAAUAUCUCAGGAGAAACGCUGUUGGCUGCUUCUCAGCUGCCCGCCGAGCCCCCCUCCUUCACAGAGCCUCAAGAACACCGCUACACCCUGAGGACUUCACCGCGCCGCGCUGCCUUUGGUAGCGGGCUCAAAGCCAGCUCCCCCAAACCCACUUCCCCACACAUAGACAAUGGUUCACUGAAGGAAGAGACCACAAUGGUUCCUUUUUUCUCAGAGGACACCAGCCAUAAAGACCCUUCCCAUGAUGCACUGGGACUUUCUUGCGAGGCAGACAGUGAACUUUUCGAGGAAGAGGUUGUCAGCGGAGAGGUCGGAGUGUCUGAUAGUAGAGAGUCAAGAUCCACCAAAGAGCUGCUGGCUGCUCAGGCUGAGGAAGAUGAGGAGGAGGAAGAGGACCCAGAUGUCUACUAUUUUGAGUCGGAUCACUUGGCUCUCAAACACAACAAAGAUUAUCAGAGGUUGCUCCAGACCAUCAGCGUACUGGAGGCCCAGCGAACCCAAGCCAUCCUGGACCUGGAGACACUGGCGCGGCAUCAGAAGGAAGCCCUGUCAGAUCCCAUUGCCUUUGUGGACCAGCUACAGAAACAGGUGGACAUGGGUCUGCCUCGACCCCAGAGAGUGGUCCAGCUCCCGGAGAUUGCAUGGGACCAAUACACCUCAGGCCGGGGCGACUUUGAAAGGGAGUUCUGUGACAAGAAGCGCAAAACACGACAGUUGCAGUUAAUAUUUGACAAAGUGGGGUUGCCUGCUCGACCAAAAAGUCCUGUGGAUUCCAAGAAGGAGGGAGAAUCCUCAUCCAUCUACUCCUCCUCUUUGCCAUCGAGUGACGGUCCAGAACACAGCAUGUCCAGUAGCAGAGCACAGAUGAUCAGAGGAAGGCUGUGCAACCAGAGCAAACCAGACACCUUCAACCAGCUGUGGACCAUCGAGGAGCAGAAAAAGUUGGAGCAGCUGCUUUUGAAGUUCCCACCAGAGGAGGUUGAGUCUAAACGCUGGCAGAAGAUCGCAGAUGAACUUGGCAACAGGACCGCCAAACAGGUUGCUAGCAGGGUGCAGAAGUAUUUCAUAAAACUGACAAAGGCUGGAAUUCCAGUGCCCGGCAGAACACCCAAUGUGUGCAUGUACAGCAAAAAGGCCUCAAGUAAGCGACAGCACCACCUCAACAAACACCUGUACAGGCCCUCAACGUUCCUCACCUCAUAUGAACCGCCCGUCUACAUGGAUGACGAGGAUGAACGCUCACACUUCUUCAACAGCCUGCAGGAUAACAGCGCAGAUGAUUCGGAUGAGGACGGGGUACCGGUGGAGCUGCGACACCUUCCGGAGUACAAAGAGCUUCUGGAGCUGAAGAAACUCAAGAAACAGAAACUACACGAGCUCCAGGCCGAGAGCGCUCUCACACAGCACGUCGGCUAUAAGUGUGACAUAUGUGGCAUGGAGCCCAUCCAGGGUGUGCGGUGGCACUGUCAGGACUGCCCGCAGGACAACGCCGUGGACUUCUGCAGUACCUGCUCUGACUGUUUGUUCAGAACGGACACCCACAAGCCCACACACAGACUGGAGCCGGUUUGCCAGGCCGAAACCUUCCUGGACAAAGACUACUGCUUACCGCAAAGCACAGGCUAUAACUACCUGGACCCCAACUACUUCCCUGCCAACAGAUGACAGGGACAAGCUCCAGCGCUACUAUUCAGGGCUGGCCUGCAGCCCCCAGGGCAUUCUGUGCAUGGCUCCAUCAUCCAAGUCAAGAAAUGCUUACGUCUGGGCGAGAGGGUACCGCAGACGGGCCGCACCUCGCCCCGAACCGCUGCCAGAGGGGGGUGGGGUGGGGGAGGGUUUGUGGGAGGGAGGGGGCAACACCCAGCCGUGGGUGUCAAACCUUACCAGGUCUCGUCAAGUAACACUAUCUCAAAUCAAAAGAAGUGAGAAGAACGCACGAACGAAUGAACGAAAAGGCACACCGACAUUCCCAAUCCCAGGACAUUUCGAAGGCAACCCGAUGUGUCUCCCUUUGUUCUGCCGCCUGAGUGACGGCUGUCAGAGAGGAACGUCUCCGAGGAGCUGAAUUCUGAAGAGAGGCUCAAGAUAAAGUGCAAAAUGUCGUCUGUAGUUGAAAUAUUUAUAAGUCCAGAUUUGUGCUUGAGCUCUUUUUGUGAUGCAAGGAAAGGAACUUGGUGCUGAUGUCUUUGAUUCAUACCAGGUUUUGAACCAAUCACGGAGGUUCGUUCGCAAUUCCGACGUUCUGAACGGGGGGGAAAAAAUCCUAGCUGACAGACAGACCCGGUUUGUGUGUGUGUGUGUGUGUGUGUGUGUGUCUCUUGCCAUGGGCUACCAUUUUCACUAGAAGCUGCUCUUUAUUUCCUCUUACAACCGUUACAUGAUGUUGUCACUUUAUUUACAUUCAUUUCUUGUUUUUUAAAUGGCGAUUUCAAAGAAAGAAAACAACCCACUCCACUUACCUUGAAGCACUACAGCACGGAGAAGACCAGCUGAGAUCCGGACGGCGUUCUUGCACUCUCUGCACACGUGGAGAGCUUUCUUUUCUUUUCUCUCAAUGUGUACUGUCGUUGAACAUGUGGAGUAUUCAAAUAUAUGGUGAAAAGUAGCCAGUGGUAGUUGCCGUGUGCCAUUUUUUUUUCUCUUCCCCCUUUCCUGUCCACUUGAUUCAAACCUGGCCACUUGUUUUAGAAGAAAAUGAAGAACUCGUGGCAGUCGUUUGCCCAGCCAUCAUCACGCCUUUAGAUCCCUCUAAUUUUCGCAGUUUCCUCACAGUCCAUGAAAAGAUUGUAUUUUUAUUAAUCUAUUUAAAAAAGACGAUGAAAAAAAAACAAAAACAAAUGAGAAUCGAGUUGGGGGCAGCCGUCGCACACGCGCGCUGCUGCCCUGUUCUUUUAUACACAUGCAUUUUGUUGUGCUUUAAGUAGACCAUUUUGUAAUGGGUUCUGUUCUAUUCACCUCCCCUCCCUUGACCUGCUUCAGUAUCUGUGUAUAACAAUCUGUUCUUAAAUAAUGUACAAAAAAUUGUUAGAGGAGAACUGUGGAAAUAAAAGUAUGUGAGAAGUCUUUCUACACCACGUGA